AUGGAGGAGAACAGUUCUGUCAGUGAGCACAUACUCAAAAUGUCUGGGUUACACGGUCGUCUGACUUCACUUGGAGUCGAACUUCCGGACAACAAGACCACUAGUUUCAAGAAAGGCAAGGGUAAGAAGAACUUCAAGAAAGACGGCAAAGCUGUUGCCGCGCCCGGUAAGCCAGAUGCCGGGAAGAAGAAAAAGAAUGGACCCAAGCCUGAGACUGAGUGCUUCUAUUGCAAGCGCCUUGGUCAUAUCGGCGUUAAGCGCAUGAAGAAGCUCCAUACUGAUGGACUAUUAGAGUCUCUUGAUUUUGAAUCAUUUGACACAUGCGAACCGUGCCUCAUGGGCAAGAUGACUAAGACUCCAUUCUCAGGAAUAAUGGAGAGAGCAACCGACUUAUUGGAAAUAAUACAUACUGAUGUGUGUGGUCCAAUGAACGUUGAAGCUCGCGGUGGGAUACGGCUUGGCAAAAUACCAGAUCAGAGAGAGCCAAAACGAGGAAGAGUGUGCUCGCUGGAGAAAGCAAUGCGCAACUAUGUUGACCGGAAGUCAGGACAAGUGGUUGCUCCUGAGAUUGGACGAGAGUUCGACUCACUAGCAGAGGCAUUUGAGUUUUACAACCUCUAUUCUUGGGAGAUUGGUUUUGACAUAAGAUAUGGUCAAUCUAGGACAAAUGCACAGAAGAGCAUAACAGUUCAAGACAUCGUUUGUGGUUGCGCGGGACGCCCAAAAAAAGAAAACACAAAGUCGGUGGCGUGCAACUGCCAAGCCUUGAUCAGGCUACAUCGCACUAACGACAAUGGAUGGUAUAUUCAUGACUUCAGGUCUGAAUACAACCAUCAUUUAGCAUCAUCAUGUGGAGAGAAACUACAUUGGCCAUCACACAGGAACAUUGACACACACAACAAAGAUAUAGUGAAGCACUUGAGGAGCAACAACAUUGGCUUAACAAAGGUUUUUUGUGUCAUCGGAAGCUUCUUUGGAUCAAUGGAAAAUGUACCAUUCAACAAGAGAUCACUCAACUACAUGUGCAAAAGGAUGAACCAAGAGGCUGCAGAUGAUGACAUCAGGAAGACAGUGGAACUGUUCUCAGAACUAAAGAAGAAUGACCCUAUGUUUGCUGAUAGUGUUCUUGUUGACAGCGACAGCAAGAUCCAGGCCCUUAUGUGGACGAAUGGAAAGAGCAGAUACCAAUAUAGAAUGUUUGGCGACGCAAUCACAUUCGACACAACAUAUCGUACAAAUCAGUACGACAUGCCAUUCGGCCUGUUUGUGGGGGUAAAUCAUCAUUUCCAAAGUAUUAUUUUAGGAGGUGUUAUGAUGAGGAACGAAAAGGAGGAAACAUUCAAUUGGGCAUUCAAGGAAUUUGUGUCAUUGAUGGGAGGCAAGGCACCGGUUACUAUAUUGACAGGUGUAUUUUGCGCAAGGAUGACCAGCACUCAGAGGUCAGAGAGCGCAAACUAUAUGUUGAAGAAUUUUGUUCAUGCUGGAGCAUCAAUGCACAUGUUCGUGAAGCAUUACCAGAAACUUCAGUUUGACCGUGAUUCCGAAGAAAAUUUUGCUAAAAAGAAGAGCCGAUUGGCGGGCACAGUGCUAAAAACAGGUUUGCCUAUGGAGAGACAUGCUGGGAAGGUAUAG